UGUACCGCCAGGCUGCAGCAGGUGGCGCUGUUUCACAACUGCAACCAUUUCAAAGGUCAUUGGGUUUUCAAAAUGGAAUCCAACUCAAACUUGCCGGUCAGAAAUCAAGUGAAUUCCUACCCCGUGGACCUGCCUUGUCAGGAUUAUGAUACAUUGUGCCCUGACUCUGAAUACCUGUCAUGUCUCGAGUCAGACACAGAAUCAUUUUGCCUUCACAAUGGAGCAGAGGUACAAGUAACUUAUGACAAUAUAGGCCAGCUCAGGCUGUUUGGUGAGAAAGAUCCACCUCAUAACCUUCUCGCCCUCCAUUUACCUGGAGAUGAAACACAAGUGGUUGCCAUAUACAUGCAUCACAAAUGGUGGUCCAUCAGUGAUGUUUUGAAGACAUCCUGCAAAUCCAGAAAUGGACUUGUUUGUGUGGAAUCAGUAAUGGAGAGAGUUAUACUGUUCCUGCUGAGUCAGAUUGUGUUUGGAAUGUUGGAAAGGUCUCCGGGAGAACAUGUGUAUUUCUCAACUCACCCUGUGUCAGAAUAUGGCAAAAUCUUCUGGCAGGAUGGAGAAGCAGUUGGCUUUUACACUUUUAAAAACAAAGGAAGCCUUUGCAAUGGAUACACUGCUCAGAGUUACCUUCUCCCUGUGCUGGACACUGUGUUUGUGCGCAGCCACUGGAGGAGGAGAGGUUUAGCCUUGCAAAUGCUUCAGGAUUUCUGUAGGUCCAUGCCAACAGAGAGGGUCCUGGGUAUUAGUUACCCCAUAUCUCCCAGUAUGUAUAGAGUAUGCAAGAAGUUCCUUGAGAUACACCAUGAACAAAGGGAGCACCUUUAUGAAGUGGAAGCUCCUGGGAAUUGGAGUCAGAGACGCAACGUGUGGUUGAACAUACUUCGCCAGCAACGGCCAACAAACAGUAGGAUUUCAGAAGAGAGUCCAAACAUCACACAAGCUACUGACAAACAACUCACAGCCACUAAAGGGAAGAAGAAUAAGAGACAACUAACAGGCACUAAACGAAACAGAACCCGGAGAAGAUGUGUAGAGAAGAAACUACCUGACCGGGCUGGGACAUAAAAGAAGUUUGAAAAAAAUAAGAUACUGUAUCCUCGUGAAUUCUGUUCUGCUGUAUUGUAUUAUUACUUUAUUAGCUUUAUAUUUAAAAAAAAAAUAAAUAAAUAAAUAUAUAUAUAUAUAUAUAUAUAUAUACAGGUUAAUGUGUUUGUCUGUUAUAGAAGUGUUAUUUGGACAACACUUCUGAACUAACCGAAAUAUUUGACAUUUAUUUUUUGCUCUGUUUUUAUGCUUCCUACAUCUGGAAGUGUUUUCCCUUUAAGGAAGACAAAUUAAGCUUUCAACCCACAUAGCCUGCUUCCAAGUGGUCAGAAUGUUAUGUAUAAUCUCCUGGUGAAGCCAAUUCAGUGUUGUUUUUAUAAAACCUAUGCUCAGGCUUGACACUCAAAUCCCAGAUUUGUCCAACUGAAAACAAUGAAUUACAUUGCUUAUUCACCACAUAUAAAGCACAUACUGUUUCAGAUCAUACCUUUUCUUUCUCACUGGCAAAAUAUUUCAGUGUAUUUUAUUAUUUUAUAUAAAUGUAUUUAUUAUACACUUGGAAACAUUUAACAUUAGCAUUUGGAUGGAAUGGAAAUUGGCAACAUUUAACAACUCUGGGUUUAAAUGGAUCCUCACAGGAAUUGAGGGUUUUUUUAAUAACUGGGUCUCCAUGACUGGCUUUUUAAUAUUCAAACUGCAUAAAUGGAGCUUUAGUCAUGUCUGCAUGUUCAUUUUAGAUGGAUCAAGAUGGAUGUGUUAAGCUUUCAACCCACUAUACGUUUUCCUACUCUUUGGGCCUAGCUUGUUUGUAUUUUUAAUCCUGGGCAGUUUUAAAGUUUUUAAUUAUCCAGUUCCUGCUGAGGAAAGCCAUCCCAAUUGUUGCCCUAUUCAGAUGUCUCGAAUAAGCAAAUGUAUUGUUUGAAUUUUGCACGAGAAUAUAUUUGUUAAAAUAUAAACUUGGCAGUGAGAUGUCCAUAAACAUUGUGCUCACUGCCAGGAAAAAUGUGGUGAGAUUAAAGUUUUAUGUUCUUAUUUGUCAGUAAACUAGUAUCUUCAAUUACUCUCACAUGUCUACUUCACACGGUUAUGUAAGAAAUAAUCCAUAACAUAUUUGUGUGACGUGGCCUGAUGUGAAAGUUCCCACUUUAAGUGGAUUAUUUUCCUGUAACAACACAGCAAGUGUUUUUUUUAUUUGAUGGAAAACUUCAAUUUCUUAAUGAGAUUAUCAUGGUUUUAACUAUUCAUAGUUAUAUUUAAUGUUGUAAAAUAUCCAUAAGAAAGUUUUGUUCUUGUUAUCACUUUAUGUCAUGACAGCUAAAGCCAGAUCUUUCCCCUUCAACCGGUCUUUUCUCUUAAAUGAGACAAAAACAUUACUUGUCGUAAUUAAGACGCCAGAAUGCUCAUGAAGUCUGAAAUGACUGACUGAAAGUGAAUAAAUAAAUGUCAAAUAAA